AUGUCUGGACACGGUGGAUGGCCAGGCGGCAUUCCUUGGAGUAAUUUCGAUGACGAUGGGGACCAUCGAGAUUACUCAAGAGGACCAUUUGUAUAUAGCAAUAUUCGUGCCCCAAAUGGUACAUUACACCCACAACUAAAUCGAGCGGAUCGUGGAGGACAUGGGAGCAAUGGCCGUGACACUUACAGACAAGGAGGAAAUCGCCUCGGAAGCGAUCGUGGACGAAAUGGGAAUGGGUACCGCGACCUUCCAGAGUUUCUACGCCGCCUCAACCUCAAUGGAGGCCUGCAAGGAGGUCGAGGUCCCCAACGGCCUAAUCAAUGGCGAUUCGGUGGUCCUCCCGUUCCUGGCCAGCCCGUUCCGCGACCAGACACUCCGGAGCCGAGUGCUCCAUCCCUCCCACGGCCACCGUCGCGCCCAGUGAGUCCGCUGAAAUCAACGCCAGAACCACGUCCGUACCCAAGUGGAGGCGAGGACCGCGAAGACGGCGAAGAUAUCUUUACAACCUGGGUUCUUCGUCUGGACACAGAUCAGCACAAAUGUGUGGACGAGGGGUUAUUCCGCCAGCCCUUCAGCCCGGACCCGAUAGUCAUGGAGAAUGAUAGGAUUCUCCAGCCUCGGGGGACCGUUGUUCUUCCCAUCAAGCCUGGACGCCGCUACAACAUGGACAUGAGUGUAAUGACCAUCUCAAAUGUGCUGUACACCCCAAGGGGGAAGCACUCGGAGCUUAGCUUCCCGGUGUUGGAAAAGCAAGGCUUCGCUUUGCAUGAGACUCGCCGUCCUCCCGCCUCCAUCCUGAGAAGACUUCCUCGAGCUUUUGCAAAGGGUAAAUUUUAUACCCUUCAGCAUGACAACCUGCCGGGCGUGUAUAUACUCUAUGCCUGUCGUCUAGAUGGCGAUCCCAACCGCCUGUCAGUAUUGCCUCCGAAGCCGUCGGUAGAUAAGGGGAACUGGAUUGAAGGCGUCCAGAGUGGUGUCCUCGGAAGAGCGGUUGAUAUGGACGGAACUCUUGGUUGGACAGAAGCAUCUGAACACAGCAAGUUUGAGGAACUGGUGCUCGAUCCACUAGGCCGUAGGAGAGCUGAUCUCGAGAGGAUUGCAGGCGAGGACGAUAUCACAACUGUGCUGCACUGA